AUGCCUUCCUCGACUUCGCAACCUGUCUAUCAGAAGGAGGAGCGGGCAUUAUGUUUCCACGGCGAAUUACUGUACGAGGCCAAGGUCAUGGACUACAAGGUCAAGGACCCGAACGACAAGAAGGACGGCUUCAUGUAUCGCGUCCAUUACAAGGGCUGGAAGAAUACCUGGGAUGACUGGGUGCCUCAAGAACGCCUCCGCAAGUUCAACGAGGAGAACAAGGAGCUGGCGUCUAAUCUAAAAAAGGACAUGGACGCCCAACGACGAGCAGCAAGUGGCAAACCGGCAUCAGUAUCUACCAAGAAGCGACCCUUCGGCUCAGACUUGACCGCUUCUUCGGCGAGGGGGAGUGAGGAUCGCAGCUCCGCAGCACCACAAAUUCCACGAGGCACGAAACGAGGUAGAGAGAUUGAGGGCAUUGACAAGGAAGAAGAGUUCGUCCGCCGCCCCGCAGUCCGCCUAUUCAUGCCCGACGCUCUCAAGUCAAUCCUGGUCGAUGACUGGGAGAAGGUGACCAAAGAACAGAAGCUCGCACCAGUGCCUUCACCAACACCAGUGAUCAAAUUCUUGAACGAGUACGAGCGCUUCGAGCUCAGCCAACGGCGACCGAACUCCGCUGAUGCCGAUAUCCUCGAGGAGAUCGUGGCAGGCGUGAAGGAGUACUUCAACAAAUCACUUGGUAGGAUUUUGCUCUAUCGAUUUGAGAGACAGCAGUUCUACGAGAUGCACAAGGCUGUCGAGGCAGGGCAUGGCGAGCAUGCGGGAAAGACGUUGGCGGAUGUGUAUGGAUGUGAGCAUCUGCUGAGAUUGUUUGUAUCUAUGCCUGACCUCAUCGCCCACACGAAUAUGGACGCGCAGUCCGUGAGCCGACUACGCGAGGAGCUUCACAAAAUGACUUCCUGGCUGUCAAAACGCCUGGAGACUUAUCUCUCGAACGAGUAUCAGCACGCUGGGCAAGAUUAUGUGGACAGUGCAAAGGGUCCUGCUUAA